GCCGGCCCACUGGGCUACGGAAUCUGUCAGGCCGGUUGCGCAGCUGUUGUGAUGGCCUGCUAUUCAGCGGCAGGCUAUACCUGGGGUGCCACACUCGGUGCUACAGCACCAGCCUCGAUAGUGGCAUGUAACGCCGCUUUCGGGACUUGUUGUGCUCACUGCGCUGCCACACUGUUGAUGCCA